AAAAAAUUCUGGAUCGAGUAGCAGUGUUACCUCCGCCAACACAAUGACUACGGCAACCGACACCUCCACCGCGGCGGCCGCUUCUAGCAAUGCUACCGCCGGCAAGGUCAUCACCUGCUACGCUGCGGUGGCGAGGGGUCCACACGAACCUCUGGUUCUGGAAGAGAUAGAGGUGGACCCGCCGCAGAAGAUGGAGGUCCGCCUCAGGAUCCUCUACACCUCCGUCUGCCACACGGACCUGAGCGCGUGGCGGUCGGAGGUGCCAGAGGGGGAGCGAGCGUUCCCUCGGAUCCUGGGGCACGAGGCGGUCGGGGUCGUGGAGAGCGUCGGCGAAGGGGUGACCGACGUCGGGGAAGGGGACCACGUCAUCCCCAUCUUCAACGGCGAGUGCGGCGACUGCGCCUACUGCAGGUCGGCGACGUCGAAUCUCUGCCGGCGCUACCGGGUCGACCCGCUCCGGUCCGUCAUGAGGAGCGACGGCGCGUGCCGGUUCAGGAGCCGGGCCGACGGCCGGCCCAUCUUCCAUUUCCUCAACACCUCCACAUUUUCUCAGUACACCGUCCUCGACUCCGCUUGCGUCGUCAACAUCCACCGUUCCCCCGCCGCCUCCGACCGUACUGAUGCCGACGUUCCGCCGCCUCCUCCGCCGUCUCCACGUCAUCUCAAGAUGAUGAGCUUGUUCAGUUGUUGCGUCUCCACUGGUGUCGGGGCGGCCUGGAAUGUGGCAAAUGUGCAAGCUGGAUCAAGCGUCGCCAUCUUUGGGUUGGGAGCUUUGGGACUCGCUGCAGCCCAAGGAGCGAAGGUGAGAGGAGCUUCCAAAAUCAUAGGGGUUGACAUCAAUUCCCAGAAGUUCAUCAAGGGCAAGGCAAUGGGAGUGACAGACUUCGUAAACCCAAUGGAUAGCUCAAAGCCUGUCCACGAGAGAAUCAGGGAAAUGACAGGUGGCGGUGGUGUCGACCACAGCUUGGAAUGCGUAGGGAACCCGCAAGUCCUCCGGGAGGCCUUCCUGUCCACCCACGAUGGAUGGGGGCAAACUGUGCUAGUAGGGAUUUACUCGACUUCCCAACUGUUGCCUCUUCACCCGAUGGAACUUUUCGACGGUCGGAGCAUCACCGGGACGAUCUUCGGCGGUGUCAAGGGGAAAUCCCAACUUCACCACAUUGCCCAUCGAUGCCUCCAACCUGAUAUGAAUAUGGAAGAGCUUAUAACCCACGAGCUUCCCUUCGAGAAAAUCAACGAGGCAAUGCAGCUGCUCGCAGAUGGGAAAGCUUUGAGAUGCAUCAUGCAUUUGUGAGUUCUAAAGGUAUAAAAAUGUGUGUGCAGAGAGAUAAUUAAACAGAAUCAGAGAUUGCAACAUGGAUGAACUGAAACAAGUUGCUUAAAAAAAAUUAGGUCUCGUCCAUCUCUACCACAAUGUCGCCAUGAUUACAAAGGCCAAAAAGGACUAUAAGCUAUUUAAAACCUUUCUAUCACCUAUGAGGUAGACUAAGAGCUCCGACAGAUUUGUAACCCCAAAAAUAAGAAAUCAUUGGAUGGCUGUAUAUAGAACUCUGGAAAUAAGCGCACCGCCGUGAAAUGACAAAAGUAACAACGUCCAAUGGUUGGUAAGUUGUCUCUAAAUAUAUAUAAUAGGUACACAGAGCAACUAAAAGAUGAAUCCCACCACCACCACCAACAUGAUGCUUUAGUUCAGGGGCAGGCGAGGUGAACGUGGCCGGACUGGGGUCUUCGAUGGGCUCACCCUUAUGGGCAAUAAACCCAACACCACGCCGCUGCAAUUCAGUGCAGUUAUUGCACUCUCAGCCUGCAGAUCAUGUCACAAACUUUAGACUUCAAUACCACAUAUGAUAAAACAUUCAAUGACUUGUAGAAUGCAAACAUCUCACAGACAACGCAAGUUCAUCCA